AUGGUCGUCCUCAUACGCGGCUGCAACUUCAGCACCGCGGCCAGCUCCCACUCCACCUCCAGCCCCGGCACCGACCUCUCCCUGCGGGACUCCCCGGCGGCGGUGUCCCAGAGCCCCGGUGUCCUGAGCCCCGGUGGCCUGAGCCGGAGCGGCCACACGGUGGUGGCCGUCUGCCUCGGCUUCAUCCUGGUGUUGGGGAUCCUCAACAACCUGCUCGCUCUGCUCGUCUUCGCCAAGUUCCGCUCGCUGUGGACGCCCAUCAACCUCAUCCUGCUCAACAUCAGCCUCAGCGACAUCCUGGUCUGCGUGUUCGGGACUCCCUUCAGUUUCGCUGCCAGUCUGCAGGGGAGGUGGCUCAUUGGGGAGCACGGCUGCAAGUGGUACGGCUUCGCCAACUCGCUCUUCGGGAUCGUCUCCCUGGUGUCUCUGUCCAUUCUCUCCUAUGAGCGCUGCAUCACCGUGCUGCGUUCCUCCCAGGCCGACAUCUCGGACUUCAGGAAGGCCUGGCUCUGUGUCGGAGGCUCCUGGCUCUACUCUCUCCUCUGGACCGUGCCGCCUCUACUGGGCUGGAGCAGCUACGGGCCCGAGGGACCGGGCACCACAUGCUCAGUCCAGUGGCACCUCCGCUCGCCCACCAGCGUCUCGUACGUGUUGUGUCUCUUCGUCUUUUGUCUGCUGCUGCCCCUUCUGCUCAUGGUCUACUCCUAUGGACGAAUCCUGGUUGCAAUCAGGAGGGUGGGUAAGAUCAACCUGCUGGCCGCUCAGCGCAGAGAGCAGCACAUCCUGGUGAUGGUGUUGUCCAUGGUGUCCUGCUACAUGCUGUGCUGGAUGCCCUACGGCAUCAUGGCCCUGAUUGCCACCUUCGGUCGGCUGGGACUGGUCACUCCCAUGGCCAGUGUGGUGCCCUCGGUCCUGGCCAAGCUCAGCACCGUCAUCAACCCUGUGAUCUACAUGUUCUUCAACAACCAGUUCUACAGAGGCUUUGUGGCUCUGAUGAAGUGCAGAGACGAACCUCAGUCUGUUCAUGAAGAAGUGAACCCGACCCCAGGGACACCGGCUUCAGGCCUCUACCCCUCCCACAAGCAUCAGGCCUCUCUCCGCUCCGCCCCACCUCCAGAAGGCUCCAGAAACACUGCCCCCUGCAGCCGGCACAGUGAACGUCACACACUUGUUGUUCAUUUCACUCCUUAGCUGGUUUUUCACCUUUUUCCUCUGACAGACUUUGGACGUUUAAACUCUUUUUUUUUAAUUCAUUUUUUAUGAAUGUGCAGAAUCCAAAGAGCAACUCAAAGACAGUUCAUUUUACACAUGACGAAGAACUCUCUAAGGUUUGAAUGUAAACUCAGUCCCAUGCAGUUCUGCUUUAGUUCACAUUUCACUUGGUCAUGUGCUGAUCUUCCAUUUACGAUAAUGCCAAUGUACAGCACAUGUUAAGAAUGUCAUUAUGUGUAAGUUUGCAGCUCGACCGACCGAGUUAAAGCAGCCUCUGAAUAUUGAUGCCGACGCUCAUGAAAUGUAAAUAUCAAUGAAUGUCUCUUGUG